AUGGCAACGGUAAUUAAUCUUGCGCAAGGCCCCGUUGAGAUCCCCGCGUAUCAUCAGGUACCGGAGACCGCUCACGAAUUGGACUGGGCCGACCUGGUCACUCUAGAUCUCUCUCAGUUUGAGGAGCCCGGCGGUAAAGCCCGUCUAGCCAAGCAGCUUCAAGAAGCUAUCCAAAAGAUUGGCUUCUUCUACAUUACAAAUUUUGGUUUAAGCCAAGAACAAGUAGAUCGCCAAUUCGCCAUCGGUAAAGAAGUUUUUCGAUUGCCUACAGAAGAAAAACUCAAAUAUCGGGCUGAAUUGGAAAAGGGAGGCUACAACGGCUAUAAGCCGCUGGGUCUUAGAGUAAGCAUCUGGGACAACACUGAAAUCUUCAACAUACCCAAGUUCAUACAUGCCUAUGAGCGUCCGCAGCCGGAAAUCAUCAACCAGAAUCGCGAUGAAAUCGAGAACUUUGCACGACACAUCCAUGACCACAUUGUUGGGAAGCUUUUAAUCCUCUGUGCUAUCAUCUUAGAGCUGCCGGAAGACUAUUUUCUGAAUCACCAUCGCUACAAUGAAAAAUCCGACUGUCAUUUGCGAUACAUGAAGUACCAUCAUCGUUCAGAGGAGGAAAACCAAGCUCUCGACAAUGUCUGGGUGAAAGGCCACACGGAUUUUGGGAGUCUCACGCUGUUGUUUCGGCAGCCUGUAUGUGCACUGCAAGUACGAACUCCAGAAGGUAAUUGGCGCUGGGUUCGUCCGUAUCCAGAAAGCAUAACAGUCAAUCUAGCCGACUCGCUCGACUUUUGGACGAAUGGGUUCUUGAAGAGCUCAAUCCAUAGAGUGGUAGCGCCUCCAUCUGAUCAACGAGAUGUUGAUAGGCUUGGCGUUCUGUACUUUGUCAGGCCGGAAGAUAGCACGGAAUUGAAGCCCAUCACUAGCACUGUCCUUCAGCGGCUCGGCUACUCUAACGAGACAGACACGAGUGCAGCUGGGAUUACAGCUGGUGAAUGGGUAAAGGCGAGAGUCGCCAAGGGAGUCGCCAAAGAAAAUAAGCCACGAAGCGAGGUGGAAGAACAGGCCAUCAUCGGUGGAUUAACUGCAAAGUACUAUGAUUAG